GUGAAUGAGUGAGAAAGGGGUGCAGGUACCCGCACGGGUAAGCCACCGCCCACCUGCGUCCCCGGCGGCGGCGGCAGGCUUCGUUGGCGUUUUGCUGGCAACUGCUGCUGCUGGGAUCUGCAGACACGGUGGGGACGCUCAGUUCUCCCCAAAUGGCCUCCACACCGAGCCACGGAACCCCUGGAUUAGCGCACACCCGUAUCUGGACGCACAGGUUGACAGUUAAUUUCCCGCCUUCUGUGCAGCACGGCGCUGGGGCGGCUUCCGUGGUGAGACUACCCAGUAUUUAACAAUGACAGCCCUCCGUCUCCCAGCUGCUCCUUUUCCUCCUUCUCUCUUCAGCCCAGCAAGCAUAUUCUGACUCAACACUUGACUUCGGUCGUCCACUCUUUAACCAGCUCUCUCAUCAUCAGCUUCUUGCUCAGUCACUCUUUACCCUCUACCUAAGCAAACUCCUUUUUCGUCUCCCAACGAAAAGCCACCAACCAGUCAAGAUGCGUUUCACCGUUGCCGUCCUUGCCUUCGCCGGCGCCGCCAUUGCCGGCGAGAUCGAGAGCACCGUCUACUCGACCGACUACACCACCAUCACGUCGUGCGCCGAGACAGUCACCGACUGCCCGGCCCGGAGCACCGUUGUGAGCAGCUCGGUCAUCCCCCUGACCACGUCGACUGUCUUCAGCACGACCACUCGCACUGUCACCAACUGCCCCGAGACUGUCACCAACUGCCCGGCUCACUCCACCGAGGUUGUAACCGAGGUUGUUGCCGUCUCAACGACGAUCUGCCCGGUUGAGGAGGCUGCUUCUACCGAGGCGCCUGUUGUCAUCCUGACCAACUCGAGCGUCAAGCCCUCCAGCACACCCUCGGUCAUCCCCUACUACCCGUCGGGCCUCACCACGGUUGCCCCCGCGUGCCCCACUUACUCAGUCAAGACCAUCUCGACCUCGUACACGACUGUCAUUCCCACUGUUGUCUACGAGACGAUCGCGGUGCCGUGCCCUACCACCACUUCGACCCCUCCCCCGGCUGCCAACACCACCGUCCCCCAGGGGCCGGUGGUUACUGCCGGCGCUGCCGGCGUGUCGGGCUCGCUCUUCUUCGCCGCCGCUGCCGGCCUCGUCGCCGUUGUCCUUCUCUAAGUUUUUUAGAGUUGCGGGUUUCUUUUCUCUCUUUUGCAUACUCUGAAGGCCUGGAGGGCUAUGGCAUUUCACGACAAAGCUAGCACCUGGGGUGGAGUUGGCAUUUUAUUAGGCCAUCUGUGAUAUCAAAAAGAGCCUCAUUGGGAUGUCGAGCAUUUUGCGGCAGAGAUACCUCAUGUAUUUAAUCUUCUAAUAUGUAUUUUUUGGGCGUUCUUGAUAGCUCUUUUUUAGAGACUUCACAAGGCCAAUCUGAACGUCUUUUUUUAAAAAGUGA